AUGAAUGCCGCAGCAUCUUACCACAGCAUAGUCUUCGUUCUAACCAUAUUCGCAAUUUUCUUUACGGCGGUUAUCGCUGUCCCAAUGGAAUCGGAUGACGAACAAUCUGAAAACGCGAUAGCCUCUAGACCGGAAAGUCCUGACGGCUCUGACAUGGCCGCACCAUGGGACCCUUUUAAUGCGGCAGCGCUGCGCAAGUUACUUGUACAACUCGACGCUGAAGAAAGGCUUGGACGCGUUGGUCGCUCGUGGCCUCAGGCUGAACCUCGAGGCUGGAGCCUACGCGCACUAGACGGUCGCUUAGCGAGGCAAUGGCGCGCUGACAAGAGGCAAGUUCGCUUCCGACAGUGCUAUUUCAACCCUAUCUCCUGUUUCCGCAAGUGA